CGUGUCUGGUGCAACAGCGUGUCUUAGAGUUGACGUCGGCUUAGCGAAAAUAUAGUAUAAGAGAAAUAAUAAUAAAACACACUUAAAAAAGAGAUCGUGGAAAAGCGCAAAAAAAUCCAUUUGCAUUUGACAUCAUUGCGCUGCGCUUCCUACAAAAAUAGGCAAAAACAGGCCGUGCUGACGUUUAUUGUGCUCGCGCUACUAUUCUGUGUGUGUGUGUGUUUGUGGUGGUUUACGUUUCCUGAAAAAUGUUCAAAUUUACCCUCCUUUGUAUAGCUUUGUCGCUCACCUUGGCAACUGCAUUGAAAAUUCACGAUUUCGACCAUCACGAAGCCGAAGAAUCCGAACAUCAUCAUGAAGUGGAUCACAAGCAUGCCACUUCCCAUCAAAGCGUCAAAUUUCAUCACUUCCAUCCCGUACCGGUCUAUGUCAAGGACACACAUUUGCUCAAGAAUCCCAUUGAAAUCGGUGGUACAAAGCAGAAAUUGAAAGUUUUGCACCCCAAAACCGAACAUAGCCACAAUCACGGAUUGGUUCUGGAGGAGGAGAGCGAAACACAUUUGCACGGCCAUGGACAUCACGAAAUCGAACAUCAUGAACCUCAUCAGGAGCACUACGAACACUAUCAUCACGAAUAAGCGAUUGGAUAGAGAGGGUUGAGAAAACAAAUUUAAAGAAAACGAGCGCGAAUUGGAAAAAGUGUAUUCAGUUUUAACGAUCUGUAGAUUGGAAGCUUGUUCCCGGAUUUUCAUAUAAGCCUUUAGAUGAAUACUGUGUUUCACCGUAAUACUGUGUGUUUUUGUUUUUGUAAAUUUUUUUUAAGACCCCGUGGUCACACUUUUUUCAAUUAGAGUGAGUUCAUUAGUUGUCUUAAAAAAAAACAAAAAAUACAAUAAAAAAUAAAGUUAUAUAUUUAAUUUGUGUGUAUGUAAGAAAGGACUAUGUGCGACGGCUCUUAAAAGCUACUCACUGAAAACUAUUAUAAAUAAAAAGAAAAGAGUGUUUCAUAAGUAAGUCGG